CUUCAACUUCAAUAUGAAUCGUCUUCUGCUCAAUCUGGCAGCGCUACUGGUGUGUGGCGUCUGCUGCCUUGCCAUGCCCCAAAAGGACCCAUUCGGUCGCGUUGUGGGUGGCGUCGCAACCACCAUCGAGGAUCACCCCUACCAGGUGUCCAUUCAGUACACCUCGGGCUCCCACUUCUGUGGCGGCAGCUUGAUCGAUGAGGAGACCGUCGUCACUGCUGCCCACUGCCUGCAGGGCACCGCUGCCAACGAGAUCCAAAUUCGCUUGGGAUCAGCCAAUCGCAAGAGUGGUGGUGAGUUGGUCAGCGUGAGGGCCUUGACAUACCAUGCCGGCUACAACAGCAAAUUGAUGAUUAACGAUGUGGCACUCAUCAAGUUGAGCACCCCAGUCCGCCUAACGGCUACCAUUCGUCCAAUUGCGUUGGCUGAGGUUACACCUCCAUCUGGCACACCCGCCGUCACCAGCGGCUGGGGCACCACCUGCUUCCUGUUCUGUAGCUCCGUGGAUAAUCUCCUUGAAGUUGAAGUGGAUCUGCUCCAGGUUAACGAAUGCGCCCAAUACAACUAUAGCGCUGGCUCUAUUCUGGAGACCAUGGUUUGCGGCUACUCCGAGGGCAAGGAUGCCUGCCAAGGUGACUCUGGCGGUCCAUUGGUGGCCAAUAGCCAGCUGGUUGGUAUUGUUUCUUGGGGCAAUGGCUGCGCCAAGUCUGGAUAUCCUGGUGUCUACGCCGAUGUUGCCUCACUCCGCAGCUGGAUCGUCGCGACCAGCAGCACGUUGUAAAUGAUAUUGCUGAUAAAUAAAAUUUAACCCAAGCAUUUUUAAAUAACAAAUAA